AUGAGCGAUGCCGAGAUGGAGAUAUUCGGGGUGGCCGCCCCGUACCUCCGCAAGUCAGAGCGGGAGAGGAUCGAGGCGCAGAACUCGCCGUUUGACGCCAAAACGGCCAUCUUUGUGACCGACCCGAAGCACGAGUACGUGAAGGGGAAGAUCAGGAACCAAGAUGGCUCCAACGUCACCGUGGACACUGAGAAUGGGAAGCUGGUCACCGUCCACCUGGACGACAUUCGCCCCAUAAACCCUCCGAAGUUCGACAAGCUGGAGGACAUGGCGCUGCUGACACAUCUGCACGAACCGGCUGUGCUCUUUAACCUCAAGGAGCGCUACGCCGCCUGGAUGAUCUACACCUACUCUGGGCUCUUCUGCGUCACCGUGAACCCGUAUAAGUGGCUCCCGGUCUACAACCCGGAGGUGGUGGCCGGGUACCGCGGCAAGAAACGCCAGGAGGCCCCCCCGCACAUCUUCGCCAUCUCUGACAGCGCCUACCAGUACAUGCUGACAGAUCGAGAGAACCAGUCCAUCCUGAUCACCGGAGAAUCUGGAGCCGGGAAGACAGUGAACACGAAGCGAGUCAUCCAGUACUUUGCAACAAUUGCAUCAAACGGAGACUCGAGCAAGAAAGAGCAACUUCCCAGCAAGAUGCAGGGGACUCUGGAGGAUCAAAUCAUCCAGGCCAACCCUCUGCUGGAGGCCUUCGGCAACGCCAAGACUGUGAGGAACGACAACUCCUCUCGAUUUGGAAAAUUCAUCCGCAUCCACUUUGGAACAAAGGGGAAGUUGGCAUCAGCUGAUAUUGAAACGUACCUUCUGGAGAAAUCCAGAGUGACCUUCCAGCUGCUGGCAGAGAGGAGCUAUCACAUCUUCUAUCAGAUCUUGUCAAACAAGAAGCCUGAUUUAAUCGAAAUGAUGCUGAUCACCACCAACCCGUACGACUACCCUUUCAUCAGCCAGGGAGAGAUCAGCGUGCUGAGCAUCAACGACCCCGAGGAGCUGAUGGCCACCGAUAGAGCCAUCGACAUCCUGGGCUUCAACACGGAGGAAAAGGUCGGCAUCUACAAGCUGACUGGCGCUGUGAUGCAUUAUGGGAACAUGAAGUUCAAGCAGAAGCAGCGGGAGGAGCAGGCGGAGCCCGACGGCACCGAGGUGGCGGACAAAGUGGCCUACCUCAUGGGUCUUAACUCGGCUGAUCUGCUGAAGGCGCUCUGUUAUCCCCGAGUGAAGAUUGGGAACGAGUAUGUCACCAAAGGUCAGACUCCUCAGCAGGUGAACAAUGCCAUGGGCGCUCUGUCUAAGGCCGUGUAUGAGAAGCUCUUCCUGUGGAUGGUCACCAGGAUCAACAAGCAGCUCGACACCAAACUCCCCAGACAGCAUUUCAUCGGCGUCCUGGACAUCGCGGGGUUUGAGAUUUUCGAGAUGAACAGCCUGGAGCAGCUGUGCAUCAACUUCACCAACGAGAAGCUGCAACAGUUUUUCAACCACCACAUGUUCAUGUUGGAGCAGGAGGAGUACAAGAAAGAGGGGAUUGCGUGGGAGUUCAUCGACUUCGGCAUGGACUUGGCAGCCUGCAUCGAGCUCAUUGAAAAGCCGAUGGGCAUUUUCUCCAUUCUGGAAGAGGAGUGCAUGUUUCCGAAGGCGACGGACGGCUCCUUCAAGAACAAGCUGUACGACCAGCACCUGGGGAAGAACAGCAUCUUCCAGAAGCCCAAGGCCUCCAAAGGAAAGGCCGAAGCCCACUUCUCCCUCAUGCACUACGCCGGCACCGUGGACUACAACCUCAGCGGCUGGCUGGAGAAGAACAAAGACCCGCUCAACGACACCGUGGUGCAGCUCUACCAGAAAGCCUCCCUGAAGCUGCUCUCUCAGCUCUUCGCCACUUAUUCCGCAGCCGACGGUCCCGUAGAUGCUGGUGGAAGUAAGAGAAGUGCCAAGAGAAAGGGCUCUUCUUUCCAGACGGUUUCUGCAGUUUUCAGGGAGAACCUGAAUAAGCUGAUGGCCAACCUCCGGUCCACACAUCCACACUUUGUAAGAUGCAUCAUCCCAAAUGAAACCAAGACGCCAGGGUCCAUGGAUCACCAUCUGGUCCUUCACCAGCUGCGCUGUAACGGCGUGCUGGAAGGAAUCCGGAUUUGCAGAAAGGGAUUCCCCAGCAGGAUCCUUUACGGAGAUUUCAAGCAGAGAUACAGGAUUCUGAACGCCAGUGCGAUCCCGGAGGGUCAGUUCAUCGACAGCAAGAAGGCUUCAGAGAAGCUGCUCUCCUCCAUCGACGUGGAUCACGCUCAGUAUCGAUUCGGAUACACGAAGGUGUUCUUCAAAGCCGGCCUGCUGGGUCUGCUGGAGGAGAUGAGGGAUGAACGUCUGGCUGUCCUGAUGACUCGUAUCCAGGCCGUUUCCAGAGGUUACGUCACCAGGCAGCGGCUCAAGGAGAUGAUGAAGAAAAGAGAAUCCAUUUUCAUCGUCCAGUACAACAUCCGAUCCUUCAUGAACGUGAAGAACUGGCCCUGGAUGAGGCUCUACUUCAAGAUCAAGCCUCUGCUGCGAAGUGCGGAGGCCGAGAAGGAGAUGCAGAACAUGAAAGAGGAGUUCUCGCGACUCAAAGAGGAGUUCGCAAAGUCGGAGGACCGGAGGAAGGAGCUGGAGGAGAAGAUGGUCACGAUCGUCCAGGAGAAGAACGACCUUUACCUUCAAAUCCAAGUGGAGAGGGAGAACCUGUGCGAUGCCGAGGAGAGGUGCGAAGGCCUCAUAAAGAGCAAGAUCAACCUGGAGGCCAAAGUCAAAGAGUUCUCCGAGAGGAUGGAGGAAGAGGAGGAGAUCAACGCCGAAAUCACCGCGGAGAAGAGGAAGCUGGAGGACGAAUGUUCGGAGCUCAAGAGGGACAUCGACGACCUGGAACUCACCAUCGCCAAAGUGGAGAAGGAGAAAUACGCCACAGAAAAUAAGGUGAAGAACUUAGUAGAGGAGCUCACAACUCUGGAGGAAAGACUGCUGAAGUCUACGAAGGAGAUCAGAGCUUUGCACGAGGUGCACCAGCAGACGUUAGACGACCUGCAGGCCGAGGAGGACAAAGUGAACUCUCUGAUGAAGACCAAAAUCAAGUUGGAGCAGCAGGUUGAGGACCUGGAGGGCUCACUGGAGCAGGAGAAGAAGGUGAGCACAGACCUGGAGAGAUCCAGAAGGAGACUGGAGGGGGAUCUGAAGCUGUCGCAGGAAACCGUCAUGGACCUGGAGAAUGAACGGCAGCAAACGGAGGAGAGACUGAAAAAAAAGGACUUUGAAAUCAGCAGCCUGCAGUGCAAAAUCGAUGGCGAGCAAGUCCUCAACACUCAACUGCAGAAGAAGAUCAAAGAGCUUCAGGCUCGCGCUGAGGAGCUGGAGGAGGAGAUCGAGGCCGAGCGCUCGGCUCGAGCCAAAGUGGAGAAGCAGCGGUGCGACCUCUCCAGGGAGCUGGACGAGAUCAGCGAGCGGCUGGAGGAGGCCGGAGGAGCCACCGCCGCUCAGGCCGAGAUGAACAAGAAGCGCAGCGCCGACUUUCAGCGGCUGCGUCGAGACCUGGAGGAGUCCACGCUGCAGCACGAGUCCGUCGCCGCAGCUCUACGCAAGAAGCAGGCCGACGGCGUCGCCGAGCUCGGAGACCAGAUAGACAACCUCCAGAGGGUCAAGCAGAAGCUGGAGAAGGAGAAGAGCGAGCUGAGGAUGGAGGUUGACGACGUGGUGAGCAACACGGAGAGUGUCCUGAAGAGCAAGGCUAACCUGGAGAAACUGUGCAAGAGCCUUGAAGACCAAAUGAAUGAAUAUAAAACCAAAGCCGAUGAAGCCCAGAGGUCCCUCAGUGAUUACACGACACUCAGUGCCCGUCAACAAACAGGAAACGCUGAGCUCACACGUCUGCUGGAGGAGAAGGAGAUCACUCUGUCCCAGCUGAGCAGAGUCAAAACUGUGGGGAGUCAACAAAUCGAAGAGUUGAAGAGACUUCUGGACGAAGAAAUGAAGGCAAGAUGCGGCCUGGCUCACGGUUUGCAGUCGUCUCGUCACGACUGCGAGCUGCUGAGGGAGCAGUACGAGGAGGAGCAGGAGGCCAAAGCUGAGCUGCACCGCUGUUUGUCCAAAGCCAACAGCGAGGUGGCUCAGUGGAGGACCAAAUACGAGACGGACGCCAUCCAACGCACCGAAGAGCUCGAGGAGGCGAAGAAGAGGCUGGCCCAGCGGCUGCAGGACUCUGAGGAAAUGAAAGAGGCAGCGAACGUCAAAUGUGCGUCUCUGGAGAGAACUAAGCAGAGGCUGCAGGCGGAGGUGGAGGAUCUCAUGGUCGAGGUGGAAAGGUCCAACGCAGCCAACGCCUCCUUGGACAAGAGACAGAGGAACUUUGAUAAGGUUCUGGCUGAAUGGAAACAGAAACACGAGGAGAGUCAAUCAGAUCUGGAAGUUUCCCAGAGAGAGUCUCGAGCGCUCAGCACGGAACUCUUCAAGCUGAAAAACUCCUACGGGGAGGCUCUGGAUCAUCUGGAGACCAUGAAGAGAGAGAAUAAAAACCUUCAGCAGGAGGUUACAGAAAUCACAGAGCAAGUUGGGCAAUCUGCUAAAACUCUCCACGAGCUGGAGAAAGCUGCGAAGCAAGCGGAGCAGGAGAAGAGAGAAACCCAGGCAGCUCUGGAGGAAGUAGAGUCGUCCCUGGAGCACGAGGAGGCCAGAAUCCUGCACCUUCAGCUGGAGCUGAAUCAGAUCACGUCCGAGGUCAACAGAAAGGUGUCGGAGAAAGACGAGGAAAUCGACCAGCUCAAGAGGAACCACCAGAGGACCGUGGACACGCUGCAGAGCACGCUGGACGCCGAGACGCGCGGCAGAAACGACGCCGUCCGGACGAAGAAGAAGAUGGAGGGGGACCUGAACGAGAUGGAGAUCCAGCUGGGUCACGCCAACCGCCAGGCGGCCGAGUCCACCAAGCAGCUGCGGAACCUGCAGGCUCAGUUGAAGGAAGCCCAGGUCCAUCUGGACGAGGCGCUCCACAGUCUGGAAGACUUCAAGGAACAGCUGGCGAUCGCGGAGCGACGCAACAACCUGAUGACGGCUGAGAACGAGGAGAUCGGGGCGGCGCUGGAGCAGUCGGAGAGGAGUCGCAAGCUGGCCGAGCAGGAGCUGAUCGACGUCAGCGAGAGGAUUCAGCUGCUGCUCUCUCAGAACUCCAGCCUCCUGAACACGAAAAAGAAGAUGGAGUCAGAUUUAGCUCAGCUGCAGUCAGAGAUGGAGGACUCGGUCCAGGAGGCGAGGAACGCCGAUGAGAAGGCCAAAAAAGCCAUCAUGGAUGCCGCCAUGAUGGCCGAGGAGCUGAAGAAGGAGCAGGACACCAGCGCUCACCUGGAGAGGAUGAAGAAGAACCUGGAGGUGACGGUGAAGGACCUGCAGCAGCGACUAGACGAGGCCGAGCAGCUGGCUCUGAAGGGGGGGAAGAAGGAGCUCCAGAAACUUGAAAACAAGGUGCGUGAGCUGGAAAAUGAACUGGAUUCGGAGCAGAAACGCAGCAGCGAGGCCAUGAAGGGCGUACGCAAAUAUGAGAGGAAAAUCAAAGAGCUCACUUAUCAGGCAGAGGAGGAAAAGAAGAGCGUGGCGAGGCUUCAGGAUCUGGUGAACAAACUGCAACUGAAAGUGAAAGCGUGUAAGCAGCAGUGUGAGGAGGCGGAGGAACAAACCAGCAUCCAUUCGGCUAAAGCUCGGAAGGUGCAGCACGAACUAAAUGAGGCCGAGGAGCGAGCCGACGCCGCGGAAUCCCAGUUGAAUAAGUUACGAGCAAAGAGCCGCGACGUUGUCGGUAAAGGGGAGUAGAAAUAUGUGAAAACUAUGUGACUUCAAAAUGUAACUUUUUCAUGAUCUAAGGAAGUUAGAAAAGCUUUGUGACCCAGCAUGCUGCAGCUUUAAUGGUUUAUUUAGUCUAAAGGCCUUCACACACUGGGGCGUUUCUUUAUAUGAUUCAUUCUCACCUCAGUCAAUUCUUUUGAAUUGUUGGUUUUGUCAUGAAUACUUUAUCACAGAACGUGAAUAUUACACGGAAAAAAGUCCCAAACUAUGCAGAUUUAUGCAUGAAUAUGAUGGAAACUACUACAAAGAAUAAAAAGGAAACUUCUUCUAACUGCUGUGAAGCCAGUUGAAGGAGAAUCUCAGAGAGUUUUUUAAGCAGCACAUAAUAGAAAUGUUUAUUUUUUAAGUUAUAUAUAUAUAGUAUAAAUAAUUUAGACGACCUGUCAGCAUUGAUAACAAGACGUUAUACCACACAAACGUAUCUCUUUGUCCCACAUUAGUUUUUUGAUGGGAUCUGGUCACCCAUUAUGGGAAAUGUAGGAUUCAGCGUUUUUUAAUGUUGAACUAACACUCUGCACAUGUCGUCUGCUGCUUUGAAGUUUACAAUUACAACAUAUGCAACAGAGUCACAGUUACUUAGAUGGAGAAAAGGGAAAGCAUUAAACCAGCUUGCCACAUCAAAAUCCGCAUUUUCCCCGCUACUGUCAUCGGUGUGGUAAUCAGCAGCAGCUGGUAUGUUCAUGACAUUUGCACGGUUAGAGUUACGGCGGUGCAUGUGUGACUCUCAGCUGAGGAGGCUUAGAUAGGAGAAGCUGAAGGUAACCUCCAAGAGAAGAGAAUGUACAAAGAGGAGGAGCGGCCGGUGCAUGAGGAGCUGACAGGUUGUUCUUUGCACUAACAGGACACUAAGUGGACAUGAAGGGGACAAACACACAGUCAGAACAGUCCACUAACAGGACACUAAGUGGACAUGAAGGGGACAAACACAGUGAAACACAAACAGGACACUAAAAGGAAAUAAUUCAGAAACAUUGGGGAAAAAUAACAAAACGGCAUCUAUAUACAAGUUAAUUUGCCAUAGAAAUAUUAGAAAACAUUCCAAAUUAGCUUGAACUGGAAAACAAGUAAAAUCAAACUGCACACCUGCUAGUAAAAGCUAGCAGGUGAGCUAAUGUAAGCUAAAGCUAAUUCCCAAACACUUUUUUUUCCUGUUUCCUGGAACUGAAAUAACAAUUUGAAUGCACCAACAUCUUAGUAAUUGAGAUGUUUGUAUGCAACAUAAAUAAGGCGGGAGCUAAAUCUAAUCAUAAUUAAGAAAAAGAACCAGGAAAAUAGUCGCUAAAAGCUAACUAGCCUAGCUAGCUUAGCUAGCAGAACAGUAACUGCCGUCUCUGCAGCCUCUGACUGAAGUGGAAUUCACAUGAUUUCAUGAGGUUAAACUACAUUUAAAUCACAUAUUUUAUAAUCAAAGAUUAAUUUAUUAAGCUAUAGCUCAUUUGUUUUGGCUCUACAAAGACAAAACACAGUAGUUUACAUAUUUUGUCAAAAUGGAGUUGGACCAAAAUGUAACUGUUUGACACCGAAAAAUGUAUUUGCCACAGAAUUGUGCAAUUUAAAAAAAGACAGUCAAAAUUACCUAGAACUAGAUAUCAGAGACAAACCAAACUGCAGUAACUAUGAGAAAGAGUUAGCCAAAGCUAAUGCACACACUUUGUCUUGCUUCUCGUAAUUGAAAUAAUAUUUUUUAUAUUCAACAACUUAGUAAUUAAGUUUACUUCUAUAUGCAAUUAAAUAAAGAAGUAACUAAAUCUGCUGAUCUAAUAAAUCUAAAGAAGUACCAGCAGAUAAAUAGUAAUAAUAAUAAUUUAGGCUAGUAUAUUUUAAGUAUAUUCAUGCCACCAUUUAUAGUAUUCAUGGUCUAUUCCACAUUGUUAAAGUGUCACUGUCCAUUUCCAAUCAUGUAUCUCCAAAUGUGAUCAUUUUGAAUUUUUCAAAUAAAGGAUUACAUUUAUUUUAGAUAAACCUUUUAAAAAUGACAUUGGAUUUUGAGCUUUGAUUUGAUGCUAUAUUUCUUCUUGUUACAGAGCCUACACACUCGUACUUAUUUCUGGAUAUUAAGAGAUGAUUUGAUGCAUUUUAAAGAUAACAACCUGCUGUUCACACUUGCUCCCCCUAAUAUGAGGAGAGCUCGAGUUACAGACUGCUUAUUCUAAAUGGGGCAACAAAGCUGUCGUCAUGUGUUUCUACACAUGCACAAGCUGAACGCCAUCAUGUGUUAACUUGUAAACAAAACAGACAACGUCCCUCAAGGUGGCUUAGCUAUCACUAACCUUGGCAUGGAAUAUAUAUCAUGAGAUUAAUUGCAGACUAAUGAGUUAUGGUUUGAAUAACAACAAUGCCA